CUGGGCAAACGAUUACAAUUUUAUAUGCCAAAUUUAAGGCAUAACUUAUUUUUUGUAUUAAGAAAACGCAAACAAAUCGACGCAGUCAAACAAAAAGCAUUAAUUAAAAGCAAUUGCACAAUUCUGCCUUAUACAGAGAUAUAGUUUAGGUUAAGCUAAAGGCUUUUAUUUAUAUUAGACGAGCCGCCGGCGUUUCGCAGGGCGCAACAGUAACAAAUAAGCGCGUCGUUGGCCAUGUCCAAAAACUCUGGGCGUGACCGCGACCGGGAGCGGGAGCGUGACAGGGAUAGAGAGCGGGAGCGUGACAAGCACUAUGAUAAUCGCAGCGGGCGCGGCGACUACGACAAUGGCAAAUCUUCACGCAACGGUGGCAGUCUGAGCGGCAGUUCGCGCAGCGGCCGCGAGGAGCGCAAGCGGAUCAAAGAACCGGCCAAGGAUAAUGAUCGGGGUCUCGGCCCGCGUCGCGAUGAGAAGCGACGCAAGCGUUCUAGGUCGAAGGAUUACGAAAAGGACAAACGACAGCUGGAGCGUGAGCGUGACAAGGACAAGGAUCGCGAACGUGAGCGGGAAAGGGAGCGCGAAAGGGACAGAGAACGGGAGCGGCAGCGAGAACGGGAUAAGGAGCGCGAAAGGGACCGAGAUCGUGAACGGGAACGGGAACGGGAUAAAGAGCGUGAGCGCGAUCGCCAGCGCGAACAGGAAAUGCGUCGGGCCACAGUGCCCGCUGCGCCUCUAGUAAUACCCGUUGGCUCCUCCAGCAGCUCCACGGACAAUGAGGAGGAGGAGGAAAUUGACAAAGAGGAGCAACAGCGCCGCCUCGAACAGGAGAUGAUCAAGCGACGCGAACGCAUCGAGCGCUGGCGUGCCGAGCGCAAACAGCGAGAGCAGGAGGCCGGCAAGCGAGAUGUCAAGGCGCCGUUGGCGCCAACAGUGACCAAGUCGGCUAAGAAAUGGAGCCUCGAGGAUGAAUCCGAGGAGGAUGACAGCAAUCCGGCGCCAACCAUCGACAUUGAUAUCAGCAAAAAGGAGCCCGACUCGCCGCCAUCCAAAUUCCAUAGCAUACGCAAGCGUUUCGACGACGAUCUGGUCGAGUCCAAGUUUGCGCCGCUGAAGAGACCCACCUUUAGCAAGGUCCUGGGCAUGGUACUGACAUCGCCCGUUGUAACAGCACCAACAACAACAACAACUGCAACUCCGACAACAACUGCGACAACAACGGCGACAGCAUCGUCCAAACCGGAGCCAACGGUAGUCGAGGUCGCACAGCCAAAAGAGGAGCCACCCAAGGCUGAACAGUCAGCUGAAGUGAAGCCAGCAGUCGAUCCGCCCAAGGAGGAGACGCCCAUGGUGACCGAGCCGGCGGCAGCAGCAGCUGAGGAGCCCGAGGAUGAUGUUGAUCCACUGGAUGCGUACAUGCAGGAGGUCAACAGGGAGAUGCGCCGUGUCAAUCAUUUCGUUAGUCCUGCCAAGGCGCAGGGCGUGGUUAUACUGACGGGCGUGGCCAAAAAGAAGACGAACACGGCGAAGAAGGGCGAACUGAUUGAACAGAACAUGGACAGCCUGGAAUACUCCAGCGAGGAUGAGCUAGAGGAUAUACGCGACACGGCCGUCAAUUUGGCCAUGAAGCAUCGCAAAGAGCUGGCAAAAAUCGAUCAUUCGUCUGUCAGCUAUGCACCAUUCCGUAAGAACUUCUACGUCGAGGUGCCCGAACUGGCGCGCAUGACCAACUCCGAGGUGGACAAGUAUCGCACCGAGCUCGAGGGCGUACAGGUCAAGGGCAAGGGCUGCCCCAAGCCGAUCAAGACGUGGGCACAGUGCGGCGUUAGCAAGAAAGAGAUGGACGUGCUGCGCAGGUUGGGCUUCGAGAAGCCAACGCCCAUACAGUGCCAGGCGAUACCGGCGAUAAUGUCUGGGCGUGAUCUGAUAGGUAUUGCUAAAACUGGCAGUGGCAAGACGUUGGCAUUCAUUUUACCAAUGUUUAGGCACAUACUGGACCAGCCGUCGCUGGAGGAUGGCGAUGGCGCCAUUGCCAUCAUAAUGGCGCCCACUCGCGAACUCUGCAUGCAGAUUGGCAAGGAUAUACGAAAAUUUAGUCGCUCGCUGGGAUUGCGGCCGGUUUGCGUUUAUGGCGGCACCGGCAUCUCCGAACAGAUUGCCGAACUGAAACGUGGCGCCGAAAUAAUUGUCUGUACGCCCGGCCGCAUGAUCGAUAUGCUGGCAGCCAAUUCUGGACGUGUCACCAAUUUGCGUCGCGUCACCUAUGUUGUCCUGGAUGAGGCGGAUCGCAUGUUCGACAUGGGCUUCGAGCCGCAGGUGAUGCGCAUUAUUGACAAUGUGCGUCCAGAUCGACAGACAGUCAUGUUUAGCGCCACAUUUCCGCGCCAAAUGGAGGCAUUGGCCCGUCGCAUACUUAAGAAGCCCGUCGAGGUGAUCGUCGGCGGACGAUCUGUUGUCUGCAAGGAUGUCGAACAGAAUGUGGUCAUACUGAGCGAUGAGGCGA